AUGAAUUACCUUUUUUGGAACUGCCGUGGUCUAGGGUCGGACCCAGUAGUUCGGGCCCUUCGUGGGCUGAUCAGGAAACAUAGACCCUUUAUGAUCUUUUUAUCUGAGACGAAAAUGAAAGAUCAUAGGAUUGAUGGUAUUCGUAGGUGUAUGGGGUACUCUUUUGGCUUCCAUGUUUCGCCUAUUGGUCGGGCAGGGGGAUUAAGUUUAUGGUGGCAUGAGUCGAUGAAUGUUAAUAUCCUAUUUUCUUCUACUCACAUUAUUGAUGUGUGUUUCUGCAUGGAGGAUUGUCGCUCCUGGGUGCGUUGUACUUUUGUUUAUGGUACGCCGUACAGAAGAGAAAAUAUGGAUUUCUGGAAUUGGAUGACUACCUACUUUGGUUCGACGGAUAUUCCCUGGCUUUGUGGUGGGGAUUUCAAUGAGUUUGUGUGGGACCAUGAGAAAUCUGGGAGAGCUCGUGUUCUUUACAAUAGACCUGGAUACUUGAACAAUUUCUUGAAUGCGGCUGAUUUGAUGGAUCUGGGGUUCAUUGGUCCGAAGUUCACGUGGCGUGGUAUGCGGUAUGGUAAUCUUGUUGAGGAAAGGUUAGACAGGGUGGCUGUUAACUUUCUUUGGCAAAAUCUUUGGCCCCAUACUUCAGUCAUUCAUGAGACGGUGAUUGGCUCGGACCAUUGCCCAAUCGUGGUUCAAUCCCAGCCCUCUGCGAGUAAGGGUAAACGGCUGUUCCGUUUUGAGGCUUUCUGGGCUAAGGAAGAGGAUUGUAAGGAUUUGGUGACAAAGUGUUGGAGCUCUCCAGGUAAGGGGCGGUGGCUCGAUACGUGGCAUCAGAAACUCUCAGUCUGUAAAUCUCAUUUAAUCACUUGGAGUCGAAACAAGUUUAAGAAGCACGGUUUGGAGAUCGAGGAGUUGGUGCAUCAUCUGGAUUUGCUUCAGCUUCAUUGGGAGGAUAAUGUUGAGGAGAUACAGGUCGUCUCUAAUCGCGUUGAUCAGUUGCGUGAACAGGAGGAGCUAUAUUGGUUGCAGAGGUCUAGAGUCAACUGGUUACGUGAUGGUGAUGCCAAUACUGCUUUCUUCCAUCGCACGACUCUUCAAAGGAGACGGGUUAAUUCAAUUGUUAAGUUGAAAGAUGUGGAUGACCAUUGGGUGGAUGAUGGUAGGAGGGUCUUCACCUUAGUGGAGGAUCACUUUCAAUCCCUUUAUACUUCUGUGGGUAGUAGGGAUUGGGGUAAUAUACUUAACUGUUUGGAGCCUAUGGUUUCGGAGUUAAUGAAUGCUGAUCUUAUUAAGCCUGUUUCUGAGGAGGAGAUUAAGGCUGCUGUUCAUCAAAUGGGGGGUUUGAAGGCACCGGGACUGGACGGGUUUCAAGGUAUUUUUUAUCACUCAUUCUGGGACAUUAUUGUUGCUGAGAUUCUUUCCAAGGUGUUGGCAAAUCGUUUGCAACCUUUGCUGCCUCUGUUAAUCUCGCCUAUGCAGAACGCUUUUAUUGCGGAUAGGCAAAUUCAGGAGAACCUUGGGCUUGCCCAUGAAUUGUUCCAUUUCUUGAAGCUGAGGAAAACUAAGCAGAAGUUUGAGAUGUGUGUUAAAUUGGACAUGCAAAAGGCGUAUGACCGAGUUGAAUGGGACUUCUUGGAAGCGGUUUUGUUAAAGCUCGGUUUUAGUCGAGACUGGACCAAUUUGGUCAUGAACUGUAGGGGAGUGGAUGAUGGGCGGCUUAACGGUAUCCACAUGAAUCCUCGUGGUCCUUGUAUCUCGCACCUGUUUUUCACGGAUGAUACUUUAAUCUGCCUUCAGGCGACUCAGAGAAAUGGUGAAAAUAUUAUGCAUAUCCUCAACCAGUAUUGUUUGGCCUCGGGUCAGAUGAUGAAUUUUCAAAAGUGUAGUGUGUACUUUGGUCGGAACACUCCAGCUCAGGUGAGGUCGCAGCUUGGCUCCUUAUUAGGUAUGCCGUCGGUGUCCGACCCGGGGGUGUACCUUGGGCUGCCUGCCAUUUGGGGAAGAUCUAAGCGUAGUAGCCUUGCUUUUGUGAAAAGGAGAGUGUUCGGAAAGAUUCAGGGCUGGAAGCAAUCUGCUCUCUCUUUUGCGGGGAAGGAAGUUUUACUGAAGGCUGUUGUUCAAGCUAUUCCUACCUACCCUAUGAAUUUGUUUAAAUUCCCGGUUGCUGUUUGCAAAGACCUAGACUCUAUGUCUGCGGGCUUUCUAUGGGGUGACUGUGGUGGGCAUAGGAGGAUUCAUUGGGUGAAUUGGGAUACUCUGGGUCGGCCUAAAUAUGAAGGGGGUUUGGGAUUUCGGAAUUUCCAGGACUUCAAUGAUGCGUUGUUAGUCAAACAAUGUUGGCGUUUGAUUCUUAAUCCUAAUUCGUUAUGGGCUCAGACGCUAAAGGCACGGGAUACUCGACUUUGGGUUGAUAGAUGGCUACCCUCUCUUCCUCUUGGGCACCCUAUUCCCAGUUCUCCCACUUCUGUCACUCUGAAUACCAAGGUUCCUUUGUCCCGAUCCCGACCUUCCCCCAUUCUGGAUCCUCGUUGGUCCCCCCCAUCUGCUCCCUUCAUUAAAGUUAAUGUUGAUGCUAGCUGGUGUCAGAUGGAUGGUAUGGCUAGGUUGGCUGCGGUGCUGAGGGAUCAUAAUGGGCUUUUUGUUGCGGCCCGCAAGUGGUCUAUUGGUGUUCCGUCCGUGGUGUUCGCUGAAGCUUUGGCGAUGCUAAAGGGCUGUGAGUUGGCGGCUGAAUUGGGCUUUCGGUGGAUUGUUGCUGAAUCGGACUCGCUUGAGGUAGUCUCAUCUUUGAAGGGUGAUAUUGCUCAGGGCAGCUGGGAAGUGUUCCCCAUCCUGGAAUCUAUUUUAUGGUUGGGGAGUUCUUUUCAGGGCUGUCACUGGUCUUGGGUUCCAAGACUGGCCAAUCAGUCGGCGGACCAUCUAACGUCGAGGUCUAAUUUGAAGAUGUGCGGCAUCACUUGGGUCAGGCGACCCCCAUCUUCUUUGGUUCACAUUCUUAACAAAGAUGGUCUUCCUUGCCCUCCAUAA